CGGUAACAAGACGUAAUGUUGUCGAGAGGUUGAAAGCAAGCUUUCUCAACUAUUACUUCGAGCUUCCAACGAAAGAUAUUUUUGGUAGCAAGACUAUUACAAUGAACAAUCUGCUAGGGUUUGCUUUGGUUCUCAAUUUCUUGCUAACAGUAAAUGGGAGAAUUCUUCGCCUCCCGUGCAUGAUUGAUGCUGUAUUUGACGUUGUUUUUAUCGACAAACGAUUUCAAGGAGACAGUCUGGCUGUUUUUAACAGCAUUGAUGACCAAGGAUGCACGUUGAAAUGCGCAGAGAACCAUAAAUGUACAUCAUACAAUUAUCAAUGGAUAAACAAAACAUGCGAAAUUCUUCAGAAGUAUGUGCAACAGGAUAAUAGCACCGAUUUACUGGAAGCCAAUGGUUGGAUUUUCAAAACAACAAACUACAGUAACAAACUUAUUGGGCCAACGUGCAACAGCCUGAAGCCUUGCGAUCCGGAAGAUUUAUGUCUGGAUACAUGCAGCCCGCCUUUCUAUGAAUGCAUUCAUUGUCAAUCUCAUUAUCCUGAGCUCAAGUGUAUAAAGCAGGCAGACGUGGAUGCCUGUGCUAGCAACCCUUGCAAACAUGCUUCACAAUGCUGGAACAAAAGUUCGGAUUAUGAAUGCACGUGUCUUGAGGGAUAUACAGGGAAAAUUUGUGAUAUCGAUAUUGAUGAAUGCAAAAGCCUUCCAUGUUUUCAUGGUGGUACAUGUUUGAAUCAAAUUGGAAAGUUUGUUUGUCAGUGUUUUCAAGGUUACAAAGGGAUUCAUUGUGAACAAGAUAUCGACGAGUGCCUUGAUGGAACACACAACUGUAAUACAAAUGCAGAUUGCACAAAUACCUUUGGCUCUUUCAAUUGCAAGUGUAGGACAGGCUACAGUGGAGAUGGCAUCAACUCGUGUAUUGAUGUGGAUGAAUGUCUUGGUUCCACGCACAAUUGUCAUACUAAUGCAGAUUGCACAAACAUUGUUGGCUCGUUCACUUGCAAGUGUAAGACAGGCUACAGUGGAGACGGUGUCACCUGUACAGAUGUAAAUGAAUGUCUGAAAGGAGCACACAAUUGUCAUACCAAUGCAGAUUGUACAAACACUGUUGGCUCAUUUACUUGCAACUGUAAGACAGGCUACAGUGGGGAUGGAAUCAUCACAUGUGCAGAUAUAAGUGAAUGUGGAGAUGGCACCCACAAUUGUCACGUCAAUGCGCAUUGUACCAAUACUGUAGCCUCUUUCACAUGCACAUGCAACAACGGCUACAAGGGAAACGGCCAGUCAUGUAAUGAUGCAAAUGAAUGCCAGGAUAACACAUAUAAUUGCCAUUCUAAUGCUCAAUGCAAAAAUACAAUUGGCUCAUUUACAUGCACAUGUGAAGAAGGCUACAGUGGCAAUGGCGUUGCGUGCACUGAUAUAGACGAAUGUACAACAGGAGUGCAUGGAUGUCCAUUACAAACUCGAUGCAUGAACACAGUUGGAAUGUUCCUUUGUACUGAUAACAUGGCAUACAAAAGAGCAUCGCAACAGUCUUCGCUACAUCGCUUCGCAGGCAUAGAUUUCGUAUCACAGUUUGGAAACGAUGGAGACAGAAACGGAAACUGGUCUGUAUGCGCAAUUACAAAAAAUUCUCCUCCGCCUUGGUGGCAAGUUGAUCUUGUUAAUCGUGUACGUGUAAGGAUGGUUAUCAUUAAGAGUGGAACAGUUUGGGGAAAAACAAAAAUCAAUCCAUUCAGCAUAAGUGUUGGUGAUGACGAAACGAAUGGUGGACGAUCAAAUCCAUUGUGCGUAUCAAAUCAGAACGUAGAAAGUGGGAAAAUGAAAGAAAUGCAUUGUGGGCAACCCCUUUUAGGGAGAUACGUCAGUGUAUUUAUCGACAGAGCAGAGUAUCUUCAAGUCUGUGAAUUGGAAGUUUAUGAAGCUAACAUGGCAUACAAAAAACCAUCGCAACAGUCUUCGCUACAUAUCUUCGGCGGUAUAAAUCUCGUAUCAGAGUUUGGAAACGAUGGAAACAGAAACGGAGAAUGGCAAGUAUGUGCAAUUACAACAACAUCUCCUCCCCCUUGGUGGCAAGUUGAUCUUAUUAAUCGUGUGCAUGUAGGAACGGUUAUCAUUAGAAGUGGUACAACUUUUGGACAAUUAAAGAUCAAUCCAUUCAGCAUAAGUGUUGGUGAUGAUGAAACGAAUGGUGGACGAUCAAAUCCAUUGUGCGUAUCAAAUCAGAACGUAGUAAGUGGGGAAGUGAAAGAAAUGCAUUGUGGGCAACCCCUUUUAGGGAGAUACGUCAGUGUAUUUAUCGACAGAGAACAGAAUCUUCAAGUCUGUGAACUGGAAGUUUAUCAAGCAAACAAAACAUCAUGUGUGGAUUGGUACCGCAUUGGUGCAAGGAAUAACGGUAUUUAUGCUAUUAAUGGAACUGGCCUCAUACACCACGUCUACUGCGAUUUCAGUUCGGAACCUAAUUUCGUAUGGACUCUUGUCACUUCCUUCUCCUUGGCAAACAAUUACCUUUUCAAAAAUAAACCACUCUACGACAACGAUCCAAUUUCCGAGUAUGAGCCUAACUGGAAUAGUUACAGACUUGGGUUCUCCGUUAUGGAAUAUGUAUCAUCAGUCUCGACGCAUUGGAGGGCUACAUGCAGUUACCCUUUAUAUGGUGUUGAUUAUCGAGAUUACGUGAGGGCAAAGCUAAGUGAAAUAAACCCCCUUACUUUUAACAACAAUGGUGAGUGCAGGACUGUUGAAUUAGUCAAUAUUCGAGGAUACAGUGCAACUGGCCAGCUCGUUAAGUUUUGGCAAAGAUGGGACCUAUUUUUUUGCACUGAUUCUAGCUAUGAUUCUUGUUUCGUUCUUGCCAGGCCGGGGUCCAUCCCCAGUGAAGAUAACUUUGGACAUUAUGGAACCGUAAAUAAAGACUUUCGAUGCACAGAAAAUUCUGCUAGCACGACACAGUAUUGGAUUGGUGCCUCUACCCAGUCUUUAGGUCCCUGAAAGAGCCUGGAUAGAGACAUGCAAACAAUUCCUGAACCACGACAUUAAAAUGACUUGGCUACCAAGGCUCUACUUGAAUGCAUCGAUUGUCGAUUCCUUUUUUUGAAAUUGCUAUGCUAUGCUAUGCUAUGCUAUGCUAUGCUAUGCUAUGCUAUGCUAUGCUAUGCUAUGCUAUGCUAUGCUAUGCUAUGCUAUGCUAUGCUGUGCUAUGCUAUGCUAUGCUAUGCUAUGCUAUGCUAUGCUAUGCUAUGCUAUGCUAUGCUAUGCUAUGCUAUUGUGCCUCUCUUUAGUCCUAAUUUAGUUGUAUACGCACUAUAUUGGAGUUGCAGCUUAGGCAGCCUUUCCACUAGCCUGGGUUAAAACAUAACCGGGUUGAAAUGUAUUCAGGGUUAAAUAUUCGAAAACGUACGCAGAUUUGUAAGGGAAAUUAGUAUUUGCAUCAAUUAUACUUCAAUGUCCAUCGUUGUAGGCCAAUGGAAACAACAUAGACAUCAAAAAUUUUGUUGAUUAUUUUUUGCACCAUCUCAAUUCUGAAACGUUGCUGUUGUUUCAAGUGGGUCAGAAGUUAUCCGGGUUUCGGCGUUUCCAUUAACUCGUAGAUGGUUUAUAAAGGUACCCGGUUUAAAACGGACCAACCCUGAGACCCGUUUUCAAACUUAUCCGUUUUCAAGUGGGUUAGUGUGAACGCAACGCAGAAACGGAUAACUUUUAACCCGUUUUUGUUUUAACCUGGCCUAGUGGAAAGGCUACCUUAGAACUGCCCCAUUCAAAGCAUGCACUGCAUUUAACAGCCGAGAAGAAAAACAGUGUGUGAAUGAAGAAAAGGUCACUGUAGCAAGAAAAACAGUGAUUUUAAUAUUUCGUGUCGCAAUGUGUUGACAGUUGAAAGAUAAUUAACUAGACAGGAUGCAAAAUUAAUUUCUACCCUUUUCCCAGGCAAUAAACUAAAAGAACCUUUCCAAGGUAACUUUUGGAGAGAGGAGCAAGGGAAAGUUGUCCAACGAGUGAGACAACCCUCCGUCUUGUAGUCAAUGAGCAUGCGUACGGAACUAAAUUAUUAUAACGCAUGUUCUCUGCCUCCAAGACGGAGGGUGUCUUUACUCAUUUGAAAAUUUUUGCUCGCUUAUCUUCCCAACAAGUAAACGGUGAAAAUAUUUAAGGUGUCCUUUUGUGUUGGUGAAGUUACAAGUGGUCCAACUAAGUGGAAAGCACUUAGCAAAGGGCAUUAUUUGCUUAUAUACGAGGUGCCAUAAAAUCUUAGAGACUGAUGACAGAACAGUUAUUGGCCUGAAAUUUUUCUUACAGGAAACGUCCUAUGCUUUAAAAAUCUAUACUUAGAGAACUUGUUAUACUGGCAAAAAAUUCGCUAAAAAUACUUGCAUUUGCUUUGUUAUAGGAAAUUAUCUUGUCAUUUUCAAGUAAAGUUACACCAGUAGAAGUUUAAUUUUACCAGAAAAGAGAGGUUUCACUGUUUCCAGAAUUUUUGAUUAUCUUUGAGACAUUUGAAAAAGCGACAUUCUUAUCAAACUUCCUCUUCUCUGUUUUUUUGAAAGACUUCUGUUUUUAUUUUGUCAGUUCUGUAUUUGUUAUAUCUAUUGCGGAGAUGAGCAACACCAGAAAUGAUAUUCCUGACUCUUCAUUCAGAUAUUCAAAAAACUAACUAAAGCCCUUAAAUGCCAAGCUUGCAGCUGCAGAUAACGUAAGAUAUCUUAUCCAAAAAUAAUGUUUUUAAAUUAAGUUGUAUGUUUCUAAUUGUAUUCAUUUUAUUGCAAUUUUUAUGUAUUUUGUUUAAAAUGUUUGCUUUAAUUAGCUUUUAAGCUAUAAAUUUUAACUGCACAUUUUAAAUCAUGGAAAUGAUAAAAGAUGUUAAAUAAUCGUCACUGUUCGGAACUCCACGACGAACUUGCUAAAUGUGACGCAGGAAUAUUUACAAUUCUAGAGUUGGACAGCAAUUUCUAGAAUUCGUGCUGGUAAAUUUUUACGGUGUAGAACUCUAGAAGUCGUUGUCAUACAGAGAGGACACAUGACACAUGACUUUGAGUAAAUAAUAAGACUUAAUCUCCUGUUUUAUUUCAGUUCUAAUGUCGUUUUGUUAUGUUUUUAUUCGGUGCCAGAACAUUUUUGAAUCUGUGUCAAAUUUUCACCAAGCUACAAAUAUGUCAUUUUUCAAUACGAAAAAACGCCUUACAAUGUGGUAUCAGAUCUUUGCGUUUCUUUGGUGAUAAAUUUUUUGAACAAUAUUCUAGUAUCUGAUCUGAACUGAACUGAACUGAACUGAACUGAACUGAACUGAACUGAACUGAACUGAACUGAACUGAACUGAACUGAACUGAACUGAACUGAACUGAACUGAACUGAACUGAACUGAUCUGAACUGAACUGAACUGAACUGAACUGAACUGAACUGAACUGAACUGAACUGAACUGAACUGAACUGAACUGAACUGAACUGAACUGAACUGAACUGAACUGAACUGAACUGAACUGCAGUUGAAUCCCGCUAUCUUGAACUCGGUUAUCUCUAAAAACUCUCUACCUCGAACAGUUUUCCAUUUCACCUCGUUUUCCUAUAGGGCUUGGUAUAGAAAUACAACCCAUUAUCUCGAACUCACUUAUCUCGAACUAUUCGCUAUCUCGAACGAAGUUUUUUACCCUUGAAAGAGAAAUACCCGGUCACCUCGAACAAAAAGGGACACAAAUUUUCAGCCUUUAAUAAUCUUAAGUUGUCCGACAAUGAUUAACUUGCAAUGGACUUAUACUCGUUUGCCAUCUCAAAAUUUUACACGUUUGCCACUCACAACUUUUGCUUCAUGCUUCUAAAAAGUUUACGAGUACACCAGCCUAAUCCGUAGGCCACAUGGAGAAAAAGGUUCGGACAGUAAAGCCACGAACUUAUAAUAGAACCACGAGAUAAAGACGGGUCUGGUAAAUAGACAAAAAGCAUGAGCUCAUUUGGUUUUCUUUCAGCCAAAAAUCUUAUUGGCUUUAAGAAAUGUAUAAAAAUUGUUGCAAAAAGCUACUGCACAAGUAUGAAACUAUAUGAAGCUGUCAAAUUUGAACGUUUAACUCCUAAAACUGUUUUCGUUAUUAAAACUGUUUAGUACUUUCGAAAACAUUUGCUUUCAAUACUUUAUCUGUAUUAGCAAAUUACUUGAAUCCAAAAAUUUAACUUUCGAUAACCAAGAAUACCUGCAAAAUGGUUUACUAAAAUAGCUACGUUACCCUCGGUGCCCGAGUCACAACAUUUCGAGCGCCUAAACAGAAAGCCAAGCGGAGAAGCGGAGGACCUUCUACCGGUUUCUGAAACUGUCUACGGAGUUAGCAGCAACCCUGUUGUUAGAUGAAAUUCGGAACAGCGUCGAUCAAGGCAAACUGGUAGGCGCAACGUUUAUAGAUCUCAGCAAAACCUUUGAUACCGUUAGCCACUCAAACCUAUUCCAAAAACUCCCUCAGUAUGGCAUCAAUGAGGGUGAUGUUUCUUGGUUCACAGAUUAUCUAUUCCACCGUUCAGAAGCUGUAACUUAUUGCAAAUCCUCAUCAAUGACAGCGGACAUUUAAACAGGAGUACCUCAAUGCGCUAUCUUUGGUCCAUUGCUAUUUAUUCCAUUCUUCAAUGAUAUCACUAAUGUAAUUGAGGAUGGCAGUAAAGUUGAAUAUGCUGAUGAUACAGUGGUCUACGUUGCUGAUAAAAAUUUGAAGUUCAUCAAAACCAAGCUAACAAAAUAUAUGGAGUCCAUCGC